AUGACUUCAAACUCGCCUUUCUCGCCCCCAGUUACCUAUGCUGAUGUCUACACGUAUGACGGCAACCCUGAUUACCAACCAGUACGAUUGCAUCUUCACGACGAGUCGGGCCAAUGCGCAACAGCCGUCCAUGCCACGAGCGGGUGCUCCAUAGAUGUCGGUGACCGCGUCUACUGCCUGGCGCCAGAGGCCACAUCACCGAUCCCAGACGAGCUCCGGCGCCGCUUCAAAGAGAAAUGUCAGCGUGCUGGCAAGAUUGUGUUCGUUGAUCCUGCGCAUCGAUGGCUAUGGAUGACCUCUGAUAACAGGCUCUCGAAAGGCUUGUCUAAACAGCCGGAGGAUCUCCAGAGGUACGGAAACAGAUUGGUCGAUGACAUUUACACGUUCAGUCGGAAGCACCACGAGCCACUUCACACAUCAGUGACUCGGCAGUACAUCCUCACCCCACGUGACUUGCCUCUCGUCGAGUGCGGCGACAUCCGCCAUUUCUUUGCAGCAAUAUGGCCAAGCAAAACACCACAGGAUUCCUUGCGCCUGGCUGUGGCAAGUUUCAAUCACAGGUCUAGCGCGGGAGUUUCGGAGGCCGACCUGAAGGGAUGCCACAUAAUGAGUCGGCGUAUACUUUUCCAGGGCAUGACUUGGUGUGAAUCGCACGGUCGCGUGGUCGAGGCACAUGAUGGUAAUAGGGUGAUUGAAAGUACGCUGUUCCAUGAGGUUGACGCCUUGGGGAGCCCCAUCACGAGAGUGCAUGAUCCUGCGCGCUGGAUUGGUGAGAUCCGGGACAUAGUGGACGAACUGGAGAUAGAUGACGAAAGGGAUGCUAGGAAGUUUGUCUUCUCGGAUGGCACGGGCGUGGAGACAACCAUUCACGUGUGGAAGAGAGAGGUUAUACAAAUUAUACGGCGAUAA